UGAUACUUCGUUUAACCUAUUCGCAGUGUUUUUCUUUCAACUAAUUAAUCAGCUGAUUGAUAACCAAGAACCUUAAUAAGAAGAUUAAUUGAUAAUUAAAUGAUUUAUUGAUGAUGGAUGAAUCAUUGAGACGCCAGUGCGAGUUUUAUUUGAGAUAUUCUGUCUGAAACGUCGGAGGGAGCUGAAUAAAAUAAGAUGAAUAAUCUAAUCUCGAGAAGAAUGUUGAAACGAGUACUGCUAUUAAAAAAAUACUCCCCUUCAAGCCGAAGUAUUUAUAAUUCUCCGCAAUUAACGACAUCAGCACUAGACAAAAUAGAAACAAACGAGAAUACUAAAUGGAGGGAAGAGCUGUUGUCAACAAUGCGAAUAUUCCCGGAGUUUAUUACCCCACAAGAAGAGGAGAGACUGUUCAAUGAAGUCGAGCCUUACAUGAAACGUCUGCGCUACGAGUUCUCCCACUGGGACGAUGCGAUUCACGGGUACAGGGAGACAGAGCGGGCUAACUGGAACGAUGAGAAUACUAAAAUCAUUGAUAGAGUGAGGAAACUGGCGUUUCCACCCGGCAUGCCACAACUGGGACUUGUUCAUGUUCUGGAUUUGGCUCCUGAGGGGAGAAUAAAACCUCAUGUCGAUAGUGUCAGGUUUUGUGGAGAUGUGAUAGCGGGAAUAAGUCUCCUAACCGAUUGCAUAAUGCGACUGACCCUCGUGGGAAACGAAAAAGACUAUCGCGAGGACUUUCUCCUCCCCCGCAGAUCCCUCUACAUAAUGAGUGGUGUAGCGCGUCAGAAGUACAAUCAUGAGGUAUUAGGCCCAGAAGAAUCAAUGUAUCAAGGAGAGAAGAUAAUCAAAGGUAGACGUAUUUCCAUAAUAUGUAGGAGUGAGCCUGUCGGUGAAAAGGAUCCUUAAAAUACAAUAUGUAAUCUACACCCGAUGAACUCCAAGGAAAAUCAAACAGACGAAUACACAUGGCAUUGUCACAAAAUUGAUGUACAAAUGUGUCAAAUUCAAUUCAGCGAAGCACAAAUUACAAAAUUGCUUUCCACCUCCCCAUCCAUAAAUAAUCACUCAUCCCUGAAUCCAAAAUACAUAUUAUUGUAGUUUAAUUAAAUUGUUGAAAGCC